GUUUAAUAUCUUUAGAUGACAGUGUGGUUCAAUUCAGAUGCAGUCUGUAACUAUAAAUUUUCUAGUAAUAUAUUCGACUAACAUUAUAAUUCAAGGCCUUCCAAUAAAUAAUGGGUUCACAGUUAAAUUCAACCCUAUUUCCGUUCAAGAGCAAGUUAAACCGAAAACAUUUGGCGCGUUAUUCGCGAAGAUUCUUCAGGAGUUAUCCCCGAAGGCCACACAUAGAAGGGAAGUUCUUGUGAAAGCGCACUCUCCUUAUCCACCGGAUCUAGGUACAGGAUGUACGAACCAAAUAGCAAGAAUAAUAUUUCCUCUCAAAGGCGACGAGAAUGUUAACGAUACACACGAGUUGGAGAACUUGAAAUUACUAAAUUUGCCAAUUAUUAAACAGCCGUUUGAGAGCUAUAAAAUCUUGAUUGCGACAGCGCCGCCACACUUAAAGAUCGGCGGGGACGACGAUGAAAAACCGAUGGUGAUUUAUAUUGUGUUUCCGGAGGACAAGACGACCGAUUCUAUAAAUAUACCUACGAUUUAUUUCGUAAACAAGCUCAACGAAAAAAUGUAUAUAAAUAACAAAACCACAGUGGACCCGAUUCUAAUUAUUGAUAGUAAUCGAACUGUGACGGGAUUGAAGAGCAAAGAAAUACAUAAAUUUGUUAAGUUCAAAAAUAAAGUGGCGGACCAUUAUAAGUAUCAAAUAUCACAAUAA